AUGAAUAACUCAGAUUCAGGCCAAGACUCAUACGAAGAGAAAUCAUUUGAAAUACCAAAAUAAAUAAAGGAUUUAAGAGCAUGUUAAUUUUGUGGAUUGCUAUUAACCUUGGAAUAAUGGAAUAAAAUAACUCAAUGUCUGAAUGGAUGUAGUGCUGAUUAAACUAAAAUAUAUUCUGGAGUCAUUUGUGUGAUGAAACCUUCUAAAAGUUGGGUAAUUAAAAAAUUAGGAAAUUCCAAAAAUAUUCAUCCUGGUUUAUAUGCUAUUGAUGUCUAAGCAGAAUGAGGAUUUGUAGAUAUAAAAGAAUAGUCAUUAUGAUUUAAUAUUAAAAAUUCAUUAAAUCCCCUCUAAUUAAAUACUC